AUGGCUCGCGCCAUGACCGCCACCGCCGGCAACGGCGACGUGUGGGUGGAGAAGGUGGACAAGAUCAGGUACGUCUACAACGCCGUCACCAGGCCUUCUGUUUCCCCUAACCCGAGGCCGGCGACGGUGACGAAGAAGCUGGCCGCCGCCAACGUCGCCAUCUCCAGGAAGAACAGCGGGACGACCCUGGUCCGCGGCGUGGCCUCGCCGGAGGACAUCGACGACUACAUCGCCAGGAAGAAGAGGGAGUUCGCUCUAGGCCUGUAG